UUACGCACAGUAUCUCCCCACUGCCACACCGUCAUUCAUGAACAUAAAGACUUUGAACAGGAACUACAAAUGCGACAAGAAGAACCUGAAGAGCUGCGGCCUGGAGACAGACCCGUGUCAGAACCAGGGCUACAUGGGCCCCGCUUGCAAGUGCCUCUGCCCCCCUGGCACCAGCGGCGACAACUGCGGCACUCUGGAGAUGUCAUAUGAAGAUGCCAUGUUGAAAUUACUUAAGUCGUAUUCAAGAAAAAUCACAACGAAUAAUACUGUGGUGACGACGCCUGGCUACCCUGACGCAUCAAACCCAGCGCUGCAAUUUGACAUCGUGUUUGAAGCUGAGAAGUGUCAGCGAGCUGUGCUGACGUUUAAAGAAUUCCUCAUUGCUUAUCGUCACGGCAAUGGAAUUUGCUACCUAGACCAACUGGUAAUAAGAACUCAAGUUGACGAUGUAAAACCGAGGAAUUUCUGCUACGAUGAAAUCAAGCUUGGUCAAGUUUUCAAAAGCGAGGAGAACCUCUUGAUCAUUUCAUACAAUAGCCAAGACUACAGGGGCAAGAACGUCGGACGUCGCGGGUGGAAAGCCGUCUUCACCACUGAACCCAUCCCCGGCUGUGGGGUAGUGGGAACAUGCGCCUGAGUCUCUACUGUUGACGACCUCUUCGGUGAUCCAAGCAGCUUGUCGUCAGAUCAUAAAAAAGGACCGGUCAACAAUUGAACUUUUUUCCAAUUUCAAUGAGCUACCAUAAAUAUUAAAUUUAUUCAAACUCCUGCUAGGUUUGUUGAUGAUUGUCUCAUUGCUUGCCUGGUUAUAAAAGUCAAAUUUAGUGUUGAUCUUUAUCUUUCUCAAGAACUGUGUUGUCAAAUUGCCUUCUUUGGAACUAUCGACUGCUCUCUUAGUAGGAUAUAUAAGGUGGAAACCUUUAAAUGGGAGGAAAUUUUUCUUCGUGCUCUUGCAGUAAUACGUUUUGUCUUCGCUACUCAUUGAUAGUAAUGAUAGUCCCUUGAUAAAACCCAAUUACUGUUCCAGCAGUCAUGAAUGUUCAAACUUGAUCGGUGAGGCCAAAAAAUUCCAACUAUCAAUUUUCAUGGAAGCUAAAAUUCGUCAGCAACCCCUCGAUAGCAGAGGAAUGGACCUCCGUUUUUUGCUGCACUAGCUGUAGUGUUCCUGUUUGCGACGUGAAGUUUUAAAUUUUAAACAGUAUUAGUUUGAUAUUCUGUGUGGUUUGAUAUGGUUUAUAAUAGUGAUGUGUAGUUUUUCAUUUACCUAAUUUAAUAGUUUCACUUUAUUAAGAGAAAUAUGUUUUCAGUUUAAUCCGUGUUCCAACUUGAAUUUGUAGUAAAUUCAGUGGAACGUGAAUAUAUCGGAGAGCGAUUUCAAAAUUUUGGGUUCCAACUCUUGUUCAUUGAUUUGAAGAUUUUGGCAUCUCUCCAUAUUUCUAGACUUAGUUUUUAUCCUCUUAAAAUAUUGUUCAUAGUUAAGUUUCCAUGUUCCUAUGCCGUUUAUUUUCGGCACGCAUGGCUUUAUUCUCUUUGUUUUCAUAGUUUGGUUUUUCUCCAUCAAAGACAGGUCAACCAUCGAGCUUUCUUCAAAUUUCAAUAUGCUACCUGAAAAAUUUAAUUUACUCAAACUUCUGCUCGGUUUGUUGAUGGUUGUCUCAUUACAUGCUUAGUUUUAAAAGUCAAAUUUAGCUGUCAUCUUUUCAUUUUUCAAGAACUGUUCCGUCAAAUUGCCUUCUUUGGAACUAUCGAUUGCUCUCUUAGUAGGAUAUAUAAAGUGGAAACCUUUAAAUGAGAGGAAAUGUUUAUUCGUGCUCUUGCAGUAAUACGUUUUGUCAUAGCUACUCAUUGUCAUUGAUAGUAAUAAUAGUCCUUUGAUAAAACCCAUUUACUGUUCCAGCAGUCAUGAAUGUUCAAACUUGAUCGGUGAGGCCAAAAAAUUCCAACUAUCAAUUUUCAUGGAAGCUAAAAUUCGUCAGCAUCCCCUCGAUAGCAGAGGAAUGGACCUCCAUGGCCCCUCGUCGUUUCGAAAUUGAAAAAACGAAACUUUUAUUCAUUAUGUUGAAUAUUGUUAUGAAAUACUGGAGGCACUGAAAAUAGAUAGGUCUGAAUUUAUCUUGCAGAAAAAUUUUGCAACCUAAUUUCUACUAAUAUAAGUUUUUUAUGAUGUAGUUUUUUUAGUGACGUGAAGCUUUACAGUUAAGCCAGCGUUAGUUUGAUGCACUAGCUGUAGUGUUUCUGUUUGCGACGUGAAGUUUGAAGUUUUAAACAGUAUUAGUUAGAUAUUCUGUGUGGUUUGAUAUGGUUUAUAAUAGUGAUGUGUAGUUUUUCACUUAACCAAUAUAAUAGUUUCACUUCAUUACGAGAAAUAUGUUUUCAGUUUUCAUCAGCGUUUGAACUUGAAUUUGUAGGACAUUCAGUGCAACGUGAACAUAUCGGAAAGCGAUUUUAAAAUUUUGGGUUCCACCUCUGGUUCAUCGGUUUGAAAAUUUUGGCAUCUCUCCAUAUUUUUAGACGAAAAUCUUGGCUCAAACUGCUACAGUUUUUAUCCUUUUAAAAUAUUUUUAAUAGUUAAAUUUCCAUGUUCCUUUGUCGUUUAUUUCCGGCACGUAGGCUUUAAUAUCUUUUUAUAUAGAUUUGGUUUUUCCCAUCGAUUGUAAUUUUAUUUUCUAAACUCUAAAUCACAUAUACGAGAUCUAAAAAAUCAAUAUACAUAAUCAAUUAAUAAAGAAAUAUCGUCAAUAUAGGGAGUGAGUUGAUAGGCUUUUUGUACUUUUUAUUCUUUGAAUAAAGAUUUGGUAAUAAUGGUAAAUUACCUCAGUACCAUAAA